GACUGAAGUUCUCGCAAACACGAUCAUCAGUACCUAACCGGUUGGCAGGCGCACGACACCAACCACAAAGCUCCCGACGUCGACGACAGAUAGACCUUCACGGUGGUGGUGUGUCGAGUUUGACGAGCGGUUUGACAGAUUCGAGUGCACCCUGGAACUACCCUUUGUCUUCCUACGAGUGGGUGAGAGAAGCUUUUCGCACCCGAUUGGUCGUCGUGUGAAUUUCCUCCAUUUAUUAUGUCAACUGCUGUGAUGAAUGCCUCGGCGAACUACGAUUUUGGAGACAUGCUCUUCAAGAACGGAAACAACGUGAUGGCGCACAACCUCCUCAAAGUGACCUUUGAGCUGGACAACCGUGCGGUGGGCAGUCCCAUCCACACGCAGCACCACCACUCCAGCAACGGCCACCAGCCGUUGAGCAGACGCAACUCGACGCCUCCGCAACGCAGCAUGGCUGCGUGCGUCGUCCCACCCGCUAGUCCGUCAAUCACGAUCGAGUCAAUGGGCAGCGCCCACCACAGCAGCAGCCACAUCGCCCUGCAGCAGGUGCAGCACCAGCUGAACGGCCACCGCAAGUUGGACCGGUGCCACAGCGAGCCGGUGGACAAAAGCGUGGUAGCGUGCACGUCACCUACCAACGUCAACACCAGCCGCUACAAGACGGAGCUGUGCAGACCCUUCGAGGAGAGCGGCUCGUGCAAAUACGGUGACAAGUGUCAGUUCGCGCACGGAGCCCACGAGCUGCGCAAUCUGGCGCGCCACCCCAAGUACAAGACGGACCUGUGCCGCACGUUCCACACCAGCGGCUUCUGUCCGUACGGGCCGCGCUGCCACUUCAUCCACAACGCCGAGGAGGCACGCGUGCGCAACGCCGCCGCCGCACCCGCCAGCAUGGCGGCCGCCAUGAUGGGCCGCUCCAAGCCCAUGCCCCUCGGCGGCUCGGCGUUCAGUCUGCACGGCGGCUCGCAGGGUGAGUCGCCCUCCCCUCCGUGCUCGUUGUCCGAGUCGCCCACCUCCAGUCUGACCAGCAUCUUCUCUGAGUCGGAUCUGAUGUUCCCGUCGACGCCCUACACGCCGGUCGCCACCCCUAAGUCCAACGUCUUUUCGUUCGGGCCCGAGUUCACCGCCACGCUGCUGCAGAUGAACGCCGCCGCAAACGCCGCCAACGGCGCCGUCGACGACAUGAACGGCAACACCCCACCGCCGUCCCCGCUCGAGCGCCUGCCCGUGUUCAACCAGCUGAGCAGGGUGCCUGCUCUGUGAGCCCCCAUCGUCCUUUAAGCACCCUGCAGCAACCUGCCAAGCCAUCCCCUUUCACUGACGGUUUUACGCGCAGUUGCUUUAGUUGUCUCACUGCUAAAAAUUUAGUAGCUCAACGGUUGACAUUCGAUUAGUUUUACCCCCGCGAAAUUCAUUGUAAUACAAUUAAGGCAAUUUUAUUUAUUACAAGCGCACUUGCAAGUGAACUUUUAAACGUGAUUGAUGAUACUGAACUUAUCUGCCGCUGCUUUAUUUUAGUUUUUCCCCCGCGUCAUGAAACAAACACCGCUUUGUUUAACCAGUAGAAUGUAGUGCCCCCCUCUCACUUUACGGUCAAAUUUAUAUGAACUAUAGAGCUAUGGAAUAGCGACCGACCCCUCACAACAAUGGCCAUGUUUUUAUAUCAUGUAUAUAGAUUAUUGAUUAAAAAAUUAUAGCGAACUACCACUACCAUUUUACAUGGAAAGAUGAAUGGGACCAAAAUCGGAAAUUGGGAUUCCAUUGUUUAGUUUCUUACCAUCAUGGUGUCAACUGCCAUGACUUAUAAUUACGAUUGAGUGUGUUUUUAUAAAAAAAAAGUGAAUAGUAAAAAGGAUUCGAUUUAGUCAGUUGCGAGUGGAAAUCAAGAAAAAAAUCAGCAAGCUUACGUGUAUAUUUAUUUUAUAAAAUGGAUAUAAAUGGACUACUCGUGAAAGACGUAUGAAACCGAAGAAAGAUUAUCGAGGUUGUACUCUCGAUAGAUGAUAUAUUUGAAACUUAUGAUUUAACUCUCUUCUCAAUUUGAAAAAGAUAUAUACAAACAUGAAGUAAAAAAAAAAUGAAAGAAUAUAAUGAGUAAAUAAACAUCGUGUGAAGCAAUAAUUAUAUUUCUUUUCUUUUUUAAUGCAUUUUUUUCUAGCUUCAAUUGUCAUUUCUUUCGCACGAGGCUCGGACGCCUCUCGUUCAGCUUUCGUUACCCUUCAAGAACUAACCACAGCCUUUGUAUAUAUAUUCGCAACGAGCUCUAUUUGAAACGAGACGUUGACAUAAAUUAUUCCCUUUCACACUUUUCUAAAAAAAAGGAUAUUGAUACUUUUGAAAUACAAAAGAACUGAAAUUUAAAUGUAUUGAUCAAUGAUUUACUCUUCUUGAUUAAUGAAUUGUGUCGUAAGAAAAAGUGUAUUUAUAGAAUGAUUAUAAUAACUUAUUAUUUAUGAUUUAAAAAUUAGAUAUUUAUCUCCGUUCUAAUUAUUUUAUUUUGUAAAAAAAUUAAACACUGAAUAUUAUUUUUUUCGCGAAUGUCGUUUUGUUUGCUUGGCUUCCAACAAAAUCACGAUAACACAGACCUUCCGACGUCUUGGUUGAUUGAUUGAACUAUUUAUUCUUAGCUCCAUAUAAAUAGAAUAAAUUUGGGAAAAAUAAUCAAGUGAUAAUUGCGCUUCAUGUUAUUAUUAUAUGGCCUUAUAUAAUGAUAAUAUAGAUGUAGAUAUAGUCAUAAUAUUUAUUUUCUUCCCUAACACGUUCACACGACAACUCAAAAAUAUAAAAAAGCAAAAAAUAAAAGCGAUUGAUGUGUAUGGGUUAUUUUUGUAUGAAAACAAGCAUGAGAUUGGUCCUUAUACGUAUAAGUAUGAAUCGAUUGAUUUUUUUAAUGUCACUUUCUCAUUACCAGCAAUAUGAUUUAUGUUUUACAUGACGUGAAAGAAAUUGGUUUGCAAAAUUAUUGAUUUGUGUGCUUCAUUAUGUAUGAGGAAAUAAUAUUCUGAUGAAAUAAAAUGAUUUCUAGUGUUUAUAAAAAUAAAA